UUCGGAGACGUUCGUCUUCAACUCAGUGAUGCAGUGGAUUAAACACAAGAAGGAAGAGAGGAUGCCAGUAGCGGCCAAAGUUAUUGGAGCUGUUCGUCUGGGGCUGGUGGACAUCAGGGUUGUGAUUGAAGAACUUAAUACAGAGGAGAUGAAGCGAGUUCCAGAGAUUUUCAUGCAUUUACAUGAAGCAUCGUUGUAUAACAACAUGCCUUCGCAUAACUCCAAAUUUGCACUGGAGAAAAGUAAACCUCGAGCAACAAGCCCGGCUCUGAUUGGAGUUGAACCUCAGGCGCAGAUGCAGUAUUUUGACGUUCAAGCCAAAACAUGGAAACCAUUGGCAUCCACAAUACCGGAAAUUCAGGCAACUCACUGUUACUGCGCAAUCUCUGUUGGCAGCAAGUUGUUUGUUGCCGGACUUGGCUCCUCAGGCUUUUGCAUCUUUCAGUAUAGCACAGAAGGAAAUGUGUGGGAAAGGCUGCUUCACCAAUGUGGUGUAAUCAACAACUUAUGGGUUAUUGAUGAUCAUAUGUAUGCUAUUAGUGUUGAUUCAAAUCAGGCACUUCAAAGAUACAGCUUUGCCAGACGUCAAUGGCAAAGUAUUCCACAAGUAGGAACAAGAGGCAAAAAUUAUUGCCCCGGCAAAAAUAUAGCAAUAAUCCAUUCAAAGGUGUUUGUACUGUAUGAAAACAGUUUACAGUUGUCAUAUUGGCUCUGGUCGCUAGCAGUACUAAAUUGUUUUGAUCCAGUAAAGAAUGAAUGGGAAUUGAAAGCAGCAACCUGCCAGCCUCACUUUGGAUCCAGUCUUAUUGUAGUAGACAAUAGACUAUAUGUUGCAGGGGGAUAUGUUUCACCACUCACAGAUGAUCGGGGUAGAUUUAUUCCAUGCGGUAACCCUGCGCCAGUUGAAAUGUAUAAUGAGGAAAACAACACUUGGUCUGUUGUUGAACAAAAACACAUUCCUCCAAACAACCUUGGUGCAGUGGAAAUAGAAGGGAGGGUGUAUUUCACAAUAAACAAUUUCCCAAUUGACAGUGGCAUAAGAAUUCCCCCAGGGGAGAUGUACCCUGUUCAUCUCGGGGAGUGGGAGAAUUUAGGAAAAAUUGACAAAAGUGCAGUGCUGUGUUAUUUGCCAGUAAAGCGAGAAAGUUUAAAAACAGAGUGAUUGCUUGCUACUGUUAGCGAAAUUAAUAGAAUUUAGUUUGACACUUCAGAUGUCAAAGUAUCUCCACAGUUAAAAAGCUUUAAUGCAGUAUAAUGACCUAUCUAGGUAUCUGGACUGUUUACAGUCAGAUAAUUUGGCGAGUCUUAGUUGUAGGUUUUGCUCAUUAAAUAAGGAGUUCUAUAGCAAGUGUAGAAAUCGUACAGACGUUUCACGUAAACUAAAAGUUGUUUAGUUCCUUGUUAUAACUUGGCUGAAAAAAAAA